AUGGAAGAAGAAGUUCGGCGGAAGAUUCCCACAACAUUGCAAGUCAUGGCGGCUUCCAUCGAGGGUUUACUGGAAGAAAUCUCCGGCGUCGAUGAUCCAAUUGAAGAACUACAAUGUUUAAAAACGGCUUUAUUAUCCAUUCCUCUGCGGGACUUGAGAGAUUCGGUGAGCGGACAGAGAUUCAACGUGAUCUUCUCUCUGUUACACUCAGAUGACAAGGAGCAGGUUGAGCUGUGUGUGGGAAUCCUUGAACGCAUCUUACUGGCCCUGGGCCCCGUGACCCUGGCCCAGAGCUACAGGGCAGAGCUGCAGGGCGGGCUGACUCAUCCUAAUGACACCGUCAAGAUACUGGCUCUGACGCAGAUUGGUCGAAUGGUGGAGCAUCCAGAAGCUUCCACAGAAAUCCUCAACAACCAUGACAUUCUUGCAGCAACCAUCUGCUGCAUUGGGGAGGAGAAGAUGGAUGUGGCAAAGCAGGCCAUUCAGUCGCUGUCCAAACUGAGUCACUCCAAGCCCGGCUUAGACAAACUGUUCCAAACCGACCUGCUGAAAGUCAUCAAGGAUGUGAUGGCCACAAGUGACAUCAUCAGAUACAGGAUAUAUGAGCUGGUGGUGGAAAUCUCGUCUGCAUCUCCCAUUUCCCUCGGUUACUGCGCCAAAAGCGGCUUUAUUGCUCAGCUGCUUGGAGAACUGACAGGAGACGAUGUAUUGACCAGAGCUACAUCCAUUGAGAUGGUCACGUCUCUAGCGUACACUCAGCAUGGCCGCAAGUAUUUGGCCCAGCAGGGAAUAAUGGACAAGGUCUCCAACAUGAUCAAGGGAGCGGACACCGACCCUUUCUCUGCACUCUACAUUCCUGGUUUGGUGAAGUUCUUCGUAAACCUGGCCAUCAUGGACAGCCCGCAGCAGGUGUGUGAAACCUACCCGGUCUUCCAGAACAAGGUGUUUGAGAUGGCUCUGGAUCCGGACCCUGCGAUGAUCGGGGUGGCUCUGGACACUUUGGGACUACUCGGAUCUACUGUGGAGGGCAAGCAGGUCUUUCACAAAACAGGAGAAAGGUUUAAGGCUGUGUGGUUGAUUAUGAGUAAGAUUGCUGGCGCUGGAGCUACAGAGCUCAGAGUACGCAGCCUGGACGCCAUAUCACAGCUUCUCACUCUACAGCUGGAGCAGCAGACAGAGGACCUGUUGGCCCUGACGGAGUCCUGGUUCCUACUUUUGUCUAACCUGCCCAUGGACAUGAUCCGCAACAUCAGCAUUCAGCCGUUCCCAGAGCUGCAUUGUGCGGCCAUGCGGGUAUUUACUGCCAUUUCCACUCAGCUGUGGGGUCAGAAGUUGAUGAUCAGCACUCCCAGCUUCAUGGAGUUUAUUUUGGAUCGUUCCGCGGGGCAGACAAAGGAUGCUAAAGACGCUAAGUUUGAUCUGAUGGGCUCUCUGGUGUGUUCGUCGACGGCAGCAGAGAUCCUGGGCAGCCAGCACUACAUCCGUCUGAAGACAUACCUCCGAGAGGGGCCGUACUACAUCUCUCCUGUGGUCGCUGUGUGCACCGAGGGCGCAGACUGAUCCAACACUCAGAAACUUCUUCAGAAACAAUCAGAGUUUCUGCCUAAUGCUUAAGUACUCAGUAAACAGCAAUAAUAUAAUGGUACCAGAUCAAAUAACUUUUAUGGUAUGAUUGAGGAGAUUAUAUUAAUAAGUGAACUUAUAAUAUAUGACAAAAUCAAUGGAACCUGAGUGGUUAUUAUAAUUGGUGUUGUAGGAACAUAAUGUUUAACACACGAUUAGUUACUGAGUCUUUACUGAGUACUUAAGCAGUCAUUUAAGAGGUUUAUAAUUGAUGUACGCUCAAAUGUUUACCAUUCAGGCACAAAUCCAUACCCUCAUAUUUUACAGUUUUUUAAAUCUCAUUAAUCAGACUCCCACACUCCAAAUGCUUCAGAAUUUUUUUGUUAAUUAAACGGAAGGAUUUUUUUGUAAUAAAGAACAUGCGUUCUUGACGCCCUA